GUAAUAAAAAAAUACAGAUAAAGAAUACGUUAACUUUACAUUUCGAAAGUGUUUAUUAAUUUUAUAUGAAAUAAAUAUGUCAUCGUCUGAAGAAGAAAGUGAUCAAUUAAUGAAUUUAGAAGCUAUCCGAGAUAAAAUGUUAAAUCAACCACGGAGUGAACGUAUGCAAGUUAGUGCUUGGGAAGAUGAUGAUGAUGGAGUAGAAGCUGAACGUAAUGCAAAAGAACCUGACGCAAAAGAAAUUCUCGCUGCAGCGGAAAAUGGUGAUUUAGACAAAGUAAAAAAAUUAUUAACAAAAAACCAUCGUUUGUUAGAAUGUACGGAUAAAGAUGGUUAUACUCCAUUGCAUAGAGCUUGUUAUGGCAAUCAUGUGGAAAUUGUAGAGUAUUUACUUCAAGCAGGUGCAAAAAUAGAUGCUAAAACUCAAGAUGAAUGGCAACCAUUGCAUUCUGCAAGCUGUUGGAAUAAUGUUGAAUGUGUAGCAACAUUAAUUGCAAAUGGUGCAGAUAUAAAUGCUAAAAGUAAAGGAGAUCAAACACCUUUGCAUCUAGUAUCUGCAAGUUCUCAUAACUCUCCUGCAUUGCAACUUCUCUUAUUGCAUCCUGAUACAAAUCCAAAAUUAAUAAAUUCUAGUGGAGAUACUGCAGAACAUAUUGCAAGGAGAACAGGAAAAUAUUAUCCAAUGUUCGAAAUCAUUGAAGACUGCUUAAAUGUUAUUUGAAUCUAUUACUUAAUAUAUUCAUUAAAUAUGCUCAUAUUACAUAUAAGGUUAUGAACAUGAAAAAUUUAUGAAAUUAAAAAAAAUGUAUAAUCAUAUCAUGAUAUACUCACUGUUAAUACAAUUUUGUAUAAGUGUUGUAUGUUUUAAUACAACAGAAUAUGAAAAUAUAUUGACACAAUAUUAAUAAUAAAAAUUUUAUGAGUAUAAUAUUUUAGCAUUUUUUUUUUAUAAUAAUCAACAAUUAUUUUGUCAGUUAUUUUUGCAUUUUUAAAUUACAAAUAUAAUAACAAUUACUUAAAUUUAUAAAGCUUUGAGAACAGGAUGUUUUAAGUGAUUUUGAUAGUAUAUAAAACUAUUUUAAAUUCAGUAUUAUAAUUAUAAAAACUUUCUCUCUCUCUCUCUCUCUCUCUCUCUCUCUCUCUCUAUAAAA